GAAUGUGAAAGAAUAGUCGCAAUAGCGGAAAGUCAUAUUGCCAUGUUUCGAACGGUGAUGGCCAGUCGACGUCAGUUUUGAACUGUUCACGAUUUAUCAUUUGGACUUGGAUAAAAAAACAAAAAACAAAAAUAAAACAUAAAAACCAGAUUUGUGUGAUAAACCUAUUAUGGAAACCGAAGACGAUUCACCGGUUGUUGAUCUUUCUGUCAGUAGGAAACCGGCAGAGACCGUGAAUCAACAACGCGAGCAACACCCCUUCAAGUUUGAUUUGACUGAUCUGCCUCAGGACUUGUCCGUCCAUCGCAGCCAUUUCAGCGCCCUAUCUGGUACCAAUCCAACACCUGCUCACGGAGGAGCGGGAUUCAGUGGCAAUGGCAAUGGCAUUAGUCGUAGCGCUUUGAGUCCUCUUCCCGUUCAGGCUCACUUACAGUCCCCGUUCAUUCCACUUCACCAUCGAUCUGGAGGAGUCACCCCAACCAACAAAAAUCCUUGGCCAAAAGACGAAAUCCAGGUGACACGCAUCGAAAAGCCUAAAGAUCGCGACGUCAGUAAAGAAAUUGAUCGGCCUAUGAAAGAUGAAAUUGAAGUAGUUCACCUAAAAGAUGGAUCACGUUCGUCUAGCAGACGGUCAUUUCGCCCUCUUUCAAUACGCCCGGAGAACAACCAAUUGCCCUACAAUGUGAAAAACUCCGAUGAAGGACGUGUUAACGGUUACAGUAAUGGUUACGGUAGUGCUAGCGAUAUGGAGAUAAACGAUGAAUUGCCUGAUGAUGAUGAUCUAAGCGAUGACGCCAUGGAUGGAAACCUGGAAGAUUUACCUAUGCCACCUUCGCCGGCUAGGAAGGAAAUUACUGAAACAGAGAGACUAGAAAGCCAGCUGCUUAUACAGAGACUGCAAGCUGAACUGAGGACCGAAGAAAUGCGAUUGGUACUGCUCAAAAAGAUAAGACAGACUCAACUUUUAGCAGCUCAACAGCAGCAGCAACAACAACAACAGCAGCAGCAGCAGCAGCAGCAGCAACAACAACAACAACAACAGCAGCAGCAGCAGCAUCAACAACAACAACAACAACAACAGCAGCAGCAGCAGCAGCAACAGGCGAACCUGACAAUCGCCUCAAAUUCUCACGACGUCAAAACAGGAUCGCCAGCAAAUAGUACGAAACAGCCUCAUCCGGCCCACCUGUCGAUUUUGUCGCCCCAACAACAGCACCAUAAUCUUCACGGAGCAUCGCACUUGAAAUCAAGCAGCAAAAACAAUAGCCACAUAAAUUCGUCGCCGUCUUCCCGAAAUAGUUCAAAUUCACAAAAUUCGUCUCGCCAUGCCACCAAUGUUGCCAAUAUGGCAAUGAGUUUGCUACAGCAGCAACAGCAGCAGCAACAACAACAACAACAACAACAACAACAACAACAGGGACAUCGCGGCACUAGCAGUAGCGUCUUAUCGCCGCUUAUGCAGCACCAACAACUUCAGCAUCAUCAACAACAAUUGCUGAGAAACUCGACAGGUUUGCUGGCUCAUAGCAGAGCACCCAUUACGACUCCUCCCAAUGUAGUAAUGGGAUUAGCUAUCGGAUCUGGUGCUCCAUCGCCUUCGUCUCCUAACGUCCAGGGACACGAUAAACGUGAUAACGUGCGAAAUAACACCUCCUCGCCUAACGUUGCACAGUCGAGCUCAUCCAGCACGCUUGGUCUCUAUCAUCAUUCAAGUGCUUCUAGCUCUCGGCAAACUGAAGAUCCCCAAACAGCUGCGCAAAGACAAGCGGCUGCCAAGUUAGCUUUAAGAAAGCAAUUGGAAAAGACUUUACUUCAGAUUCCUCCACCCAAGCCUCCACCACCUGAAAUGCAUUUCAUCCCCAACCCUAACAACACCGAAUUCAUCUACUUGUUGGGCUUGGAGGCAGUGGUCGAUCGACUAACUCAAGGGGCAGACCAUCCAACUCCGCCGGUUCCGUUCAUUUGCUCUCAGUGCGGCACAGACUUCUCAUCGUUGUGGAAAUGGGACAAAGCCGCUACACUAGAGAAACCAGCCGUGAUGUGUGAUCAGUGUGUGACAAACAAUGUAAAGAAGGCACUGAAAGCAGAACACACCAACAGGCUGAAGACGGCUUUCGUCCGAGCCCUACAACAGGAACAAGAAAUCGAACAGCGUCUGGCACAAGGUGGAAACAUCAGUCCACCGAUUCCACAUCAUCAGAUGCCAGCUCCUUCCCACCCCAGCGUCAGCGUCCAUUCCAAAGCGUAUGAUUCGCUACCGGCGUCCACCCAAAUCAUCCCUUUCUCCACCAAGUCGAUCAACAGCGGCCCACCAGCUCCCGCUCACAGCCCAUUAGUGGGAUCACACUCUGCUGUAAGCUUGAGCAUAGCCGUUGGAAAGGAUCGACUAGAACGAGAACGGGAUCGUGAGAGAGAGCGCGAAAGAGAACGAGAAAUCCGUGAACAUCGUGAAAGAGAGAGAGAACGGGAUCGUGAAAGAGAACGAGAACGAGAACGAGAACGUGAACGCGAACGUGAACGAAAUGAAAAUAGAGAACGUGAAAAGGAGAGACAAGCCAAUGCAGCCGCGGCGGCUGCUGCCGCCGCAUCCGCUAGUUUCGAUUUUUCGAAAAUGCCUGAUCCAACCAAACUAUUCGGGCAUCAGAUGUCUGCGAUGCAAAAUGCACUGCAAGCCCAAUUGCUACGAGGUAUGGGAUUGCCGUCGGGGUCAACGUCCAUGUCAAGUCACGCUCACAACCCUCUUCUGAAUCCGUUCUCGUCCUUGCUGUAUCCCUAUCAACUGGCAAUGGCCGCUUCGGCUGCCCAAGCAGCCGCUCAGGGUAGGGGCAGCAGUGGCGGUGGUGCUGGAGGAGCUGGUGGCAGUGGCAACAGCAAUCGAGACAAUAGCGCAGCAGCUUUCACGGCCGCAAGUCUGGCUGAACUGCAACGCCAAUAUCUUUUGGACAUGCUGCCACACCUGCCUAACAUGGCUGCCGCAGCGGCUAGCAGCGCUGGCUCCCGGUCUUCGCAGGGCCAGAGCCAGGGUCACGGCGAUGGUCGUCCCAACUGGAAAUCCUGAGCUGGACGUACCCUACUUUACAAACGCCCCCCCUCUCUCUCUUUUUUUUUUUUUUUUUUUUUGUGUUCUUUUCUUGCUCCAGCUCCAGCUCUGAUGGACAUUGCAUUCGCACAGGCAGCAAUUUGACUAGCCUGAGCGAAGAUAUCUUUGUUUUUUUAUUUUAACAUUUCUUAAGGUCUCGUUAUGAAUAUUCACCCAUUUUUCUAUUGACUUUCGAUUUAAUUAGCGAACUGGUUCCGUGCGUACGUCAAAUCACUAUCUAUUAACCAAAGGGAAACUGUUCGAGAUCUCACGAUCGUCUUUGCAUCAUUCAGUUUCCCGUUAUUGAAACACAUAGUGAACCAGUAAAUUGUCUUGUUUUCCCCGUCGUGGUUCAUCACACUCCAGGCAGGGUACGACUUUCGUUCCGUGCGCUCUGAUUUGCCUUAUGAACUCAAGACACUUAACAACCACGACAAAUCCAUUUUUGAAAAUAGGACAAUGCAACAACUGUUAUCUUUUGUUAUUAGAGAGGUAGUAGAGAACUGCAGUGGUAGAACGGAUGACUCAUCAGCACAUUUUCUCAUGAGCCGUAUGCUGGAACGCUCAAAUACAGUAUGUCCACUUGUGUAAUAUUCGACAUAUUACCCUGAGAGGCAAAUUUGGCAAUCUACUACUUUUCAUCCUCGACUGUUGUUUAGUUGCACACGAACUCUAACGAUUUCUUCCAAAUUUCAUUUGGCGAGUGCACCUUCUCUUGUUGCAGAUCUGAUCAUCAGCACGACCCUCCCAACAUGAAUUUUCAUCCUGUUCUCCUAAUUUCCAUGUGUCUCUACUUCCUUUUCGUUUCUCGUGAUCUAUUAAACUUUCGUCAAGACAAUGGACAUUAUUGUCUAAUGUGGCAUAGUGAUUUGAGUGCGGGAUUAUAGGUUGAACCAUCAUGGUAUCCUUAAUUGUAUGCGUGUUUGUAUCUGUCUUGAGAGAACUGAACAAGAAACAUUGUUUCCCAA